CUUGGAUUGGAACGAUCAUGUCCAAGUUGGCGGAGUACUCAACUUGCGAGAUUUCUGACGCGCUCAUAAAGCUUGGGACUCCGCAUGGAGGUUACGUGCCAGAUAUAAACCUGAUAUCCACUCUCCCGCCAGAUACCACCGUCUGCGGUCCUGCUUACACUGUUCAGAUGGUUCUUGCCUCUGACCAGUCCGCUCCAAAACUCUCCGCCCAUUUCGUGGACACGGCUCCUGCGUCCUCUGUUAUUGUCAUCAAUGCCCCUCCAAAACUUAAAAACGCUGUCUGGGGUGGUUUAAUGACUGCCGGCGCUCAAGCUCGUUCUGCUGUCGGCGUCAUUAUCUCGGGUCGCUGCAGAGACAUUGGCGAACAUGCUAGUCUCAACUUUCCCGUAUUCUCCCGUGGUCAUUCCACUCUUGGUCAGUCGCCAUUCACGCGCCCUUCGGCCAUAGAUAUUCCUGUCGUGAUUCAAGCGGAGGACGAUUUCCCCCCUGUCACUGUGCACCCAGGGGACUGGAUGAUUGGGGAUAAAGACGGUGUUGUCUGUGUCCCAAGGGACCGGGAAUCGAAAGUCGUCGAGUUGGCAGCGAAAGGAAGGGAGGUGGAUGCUAAAUGCAUGACUGAUAUUCAAGCAGGAAAAGGAAUACAAGCAUCUUUCAAGGCGCAUAGAGGUAAAUUGUAAUAAUAUAUUCCGAGUACAUACAAAGUCCUGUACACCAUUGUAGUGUUAAAUAGAGGUU